CCGGAAGUUAUUCAGCCUUGACCGGUCGGAGCGUUUCUUCGUGAGUUUGUAGUUCAACAAUGCAGCAAAGAGAAGAGAAGCAGCUGGAGGCGGCGGUGGAGUCUCUCAUUUCUCGGGUCGCACACGUCAAAAACGCUCUUCACAGUUUCAUUUAUAAGUUGGAAAAUGAAUACGAGCGAUUAACAUGGCCCUCUGUUUUGGACAACUUUGCUCUGCUAUCCGGUCAGCUGAACACUAUCAAUAAACUGCUCAAGAAUGAAAAGACGCCAUCUUUUCGCAACCAGGUUAUAAUACCGCUGCUUCUGUCUCCAGACCGAGAUGAGGAUUUAGCAAAACUCACAGAGCAGCGUGUCCCAGUGUUCAGCCAUGAGAUUGUACCAGACUACUUGCGAACUAAACCAGAUCCAGAGGUGGAGGAGCAAGAGAAACAGCUGAGUGCAGAGGCAGGACGAAUUGGCCCAGAGGUGGCACAGAAACAGAUCCAGACGUUGAAUAAACUGUGUUCCAAUCUGUUGGAGAAGCUUAACAAUCCUCGUGAUGACAGAGAUGCAGAAAGUGCAGCAAUACGACAGAACAAACCGUCUUUCAACCCUGCCGACACAAACGCGUUGGUCGGAGCUGUCGCUUUUGGAAAGGGGCUCUCCAAGUGUAGGCCUCCAGGUCCAGUGGCCCCUGGUCAUCCAGGCCAAGGGCCCAUGAUGAGUGGAGGGCCAACCUUACAGCAGGUCACCAUUGGUGGCAGUUCAAGCCAGCAAGCAGGUAUGGGAGGACCGGUGGCUCCACAGCAGCAAGGGCAGCCAGGUAGGAGACCUGGAGAGCUGGGAAAAAUGCCAAGCAGCAUCAAGACAAACAUCAAAUCUGCAUCUGGUUCGAUGCAUCCUUAUAAUCGAUGAGCUCUGUCUUUAUUUCUUCACCCAACAUUUCUUACAUGUCAGAGACUCACCUGCAGCAAAUAUUUCUAAUACCUCACCUCUGUAUAUAAUGCCAUUUUUUUCAUAAAUUAGAUCAACGAAGUUCUCUGUGAAGCUGUUUCAUUCAUUAGGGUGCACUUCUCAUUUUUGAUACAUCAUCUGAGCCUCAGUGUGUUAGCCACUAGAUGGCAGUGUGUCACCAGUCAUGGGAUUGUUAUAGUUUGUAUAUGGAACUGUGCUAUUGACUCUUUUUCAAUAAAA